UCGGCAACUCUCAUAGGAUACUAUAUACUGCAAAGUAAUAUCGACUGGUCGAUAUAAUCUUAUGCCCAUUUUCGGACCGCACAUAGGUACAGGUAGGCAGGUAGGUAGGUAGGUAGGUAGACCGUAGCAUGGCGGAUUGUUUGGUUACCUACUAGGUAUAUCUAAGGUACCUACCUACCUGUCGUCUGAAAGCGGUAAACUGACGAUAUAUAACAGCAGUGUUUCCCUGGCUGUCUAUUUACCUACCUAUUGAUCUACCUAUUGAUUAAGAUUAUAGUAAGAAAUAAUCCGAAAGGAAGAAUAAAAAAAUGCGCAUCGCACAAGUCCAGUCUUGGCCUGAGGGACCACGGUAUGUCAGAGUUGAUGAUCUGCCUGCGCCGUCGAAGAGCCAGAUCCAACUCCGCGUCUUGGCUACAGGCGCUCACCAAGUAGUUCGUUCCCGCGCCUCGGGACAGCAUUAUUCAGCCAGGGAACUCCCUCAAACCGUUGGAGUCGAUUGCGUCGGCAAGGAUGACACUACUGGACAGCUCUACUACUUCUUUACUCUUCAAGGGGGCACAUUUGCUGAACGCAUCAAUGCUGAGAAAUCCGUCAUUUAUCCGCUUCCAGGCGACAUCGAUCCUAUUUCCUUCGCCGCGAGCGUCAACCCUGCCAUGAGCAGCUGGAUGGCAAUCACUCACCGCACCAACAAUCUGCCUAAAGACUUUACAGCAGUCAUUAUCGGUGCGACAAGCGCCAGUGGUCGCUUGGCCGUGUGCUCUGCCAAGGCUUUGGGGGCUGGAAAGGUCAUCGGCAUCGGUCGAAACGCCGCUGCCCUAGAGACUGUUGGUGGCCUCGACGAUUACGUCGUGCUUCAGGAUCCAGUUGUCGAGACCGACUUCUCCAAAGUACGUGACGGCGAUCUCGUCCUAGACUACGUCUACGGUGAUGCGACCGUACACUUGCUAUCGUCAUUAAGCAGAUCCAAGAAAAUGGUGCAAUAUGUUGAGAUCGGUAGUCUUGCUCAAAGGACUGCCGAAAUCCCAGGGCAUUUGCUUAGGUCCUUCGACUUAACUAUUCGCGGGGCUGGCGCCGGGUCUUGGAGCAUCUCGGCAUUGCAAGAGCAGCUCCAUGUCCUGGUUCCAACGAUGUCUCGUUGGAAGCUUCUUUCCGCUCGCUCCGUUCCAUUGAAGGAUAUCGAGGCAGCUUGGAAUGACGAAUCGUUAUUGAGCGAGGGACGCUUAGUCUUCGUGCCUUAGAUACAUAGCUACCUAUUCUUACAACAUCGAAGUCAUACGCUAUCAUGUAUCCAAAUUAUUGUAGACGAAGGCAAAAAUUAGAAUUAACGCAAAAUACCUACCUAGGUACGCGUACGCGCUGGUUUCGAUUCUGGAGCACGGCUGGCUCGUAUUACUACCUACCUAGAUACUUAGGUACCUAUAUAUACCUAUCUAGUAUGUAUGUGCCAUAAUACCUAGGAAAUACAACUAGAAUCUAUAGUCUUCCGGGACCACCAACAGACCUAGAGUUGCCCAAGGAACUUAUAGCCUCCAAUGCCGCCGGUGGAGGGAUCAUCUCCGAUUCCAGCCGAGUUCCUCAAACCUCAUUCCAAGAUCUUACAACCCGAAGCGUAGUUCGU